AGGAGGUGGAGGAACGUACGGGGUGUAUUUUAUUUGAGAGGGGAGUGGUAUGCGUUUGCGUACUCAUCCGUCGUCCAAAUUGCGUAUGAGUCGUCCAAAUACUUAUAGUUAAAUUAAGUCAUCUCUCAAAGUCGACUCUGUUACAGAAGAACAUGACCUCCUCUCCAAGCGGCCCCGCACAAGUGAAAGUAGAGCCGCAAGGCUCACCAGGACGAAACGUCAACGCCCCAGCAGCCCUGCGCGUUCCACCACGACUAACCGGAGCUUUUCUCGAAGCUGCGACUACUGCUGGCUUCGUUCCGAGGAAAUGGCACUUGGAGAGCCAAUACUUUGAGACUGUGCAGAAGAGUGCGAGCAGGUAUGUGAAAGCAGGCGAAGAUGGGAAGGUGAAGAUAGAUUUUCUUGGAGAUGAUCACGAAUCAUUGUGUCCUAAAGAUCGUGACCGCUUAAUAUUCUUGACGCUGGAAGGGGGAGAAAGGAUAAGUUAUGGUCAGCUUUUUUCCAUCAUUGUCGGCAUCUUGGUCCCGUUUUCACUUGUAUUCUCGUGAAAUACAAGGUAAAAGGGGUCAAGAUGAGGGGGUCGAGAUGCAAUCUAGCAGACUCUAAAUAAGGAAGCAACUAGAUCAUGGCUCCGGAAGGGGUUUCGAGUUGUCUGCAGAUGAAGCAGCCGGUGGAGGCUGUGUCAUUGGAGAAGCAAACCCUGUCGUCGAUGAAGAGCGAAGUGAACUUUCUCUACUCUUAGAAGAACAUCGCGAAGCUGUUCGUGUGUACUUUGACGUAGACUGGUCGCGAGCGCUGAAGCGGAACGGGAAUGAUAGAAAGAAUUUGAUGCGGGAGGACACAAAAGCUAGCUUUACGGAUAUUGCAUCAUCGAAGAUAUCUUCGAACGACAACAGAGCAUCUCAAAAAUUUACGUAUGCUGAAUUGUUCGCCGGCAUUGGGGGUUUUCGGUUUGCUCUGGACGCACUGGGAGGUCAAUGUUUGUUGGCAUGCGAGAUAGAUGCCGCGUGUCGUGAAGUCUAUGAGAGGAAUUUUCAGGGAGCAGACCAAGCUUGUUGUAGUUCUGACGGCGGUCGCAUGAGACGGUCCACCAACAGUUAUGAUUUCCCAGACGACAUCCGAAAAGUGGCAGCACUACCGCAGAAUUGUGACCUACUUGUGGGUGGUUUUCCCUGUCAGCCAUUUUCCGGUCUAGGCCCACAAGCUGGGAUCGCCGACGAUUCGAAAAGAGGGGAGCUCUUCAUGGAGAUUGUGCGGUUACUGACUAAGCCUAAAAAGGCGGAAAAUAUAGAGGAAGGAGGAGAUGGGACUUGUUCACCUCCGGCAAAGAAAGCUAAGUCUUGUCUUCAGGUGGACGAGGAAGAAGAUUCCAGACCUGAGAUUGAGAAGGAGCAACUAGUAUCGGAAGAACCACCUAGCAGACGGUUCCCAACCGUGAAAGCUUUCUUACUCGAAAAUGUUCCUGGCUUACUAGAAACGAACAACGGCGCAGAUUUCAAGCGGAUAGUCGAGGAACUUCAAUGUGGAGGCUUGUACGAGGUCCAUACCAAAGUCUUAGAUGCCAAGUGGGUGACGGCACAGAGGAGAAGAAGGUUGUAUUUUGUGGGCAUUCAGAAAGAUUUAUUGGCGAAGCAAAGUAAAAAUAGUAAACAAGCAGGCAAUGUUGAUCUUGAUUUCGUCUUUCCCGAUUUGGAAAGGCAUUUUAGGGGAGACGAUUUGCAACAGAAUUUGCGGUUAGGCAACGUUGUCGACUUUGAGGACGAUGAUGAAGACCGGAGCACUCGAGCAUCGUUGGCAACCAGGACCUACUCUACGACCACACUAUCCUCCAAGCAGUUCUCGGACCUGCAACAAACAAGCUCCUUUCGCAGAGACUUCCGGCAACUUUUGCUCUUCCCCAAAACAGAGAAAUGCGGACCUCUCGUCAGCCAUUAUGGUCACCAUGCGAGUAGCGGCAAUUCACAAUUGGUUGCGCAGCGAUGUCCUUUGCCACCUAGGCUGAUGACGACCGAUGAGUGCUUACGGGUGAUGGGGUUCCCUGGAUCAUCUUCGAGGCUUUUUAGGUGGGCUACAAGCUCCGAGCAAGACCCAAAGACACUGCGUGAACGCUACAGGAUGAUCGGGAAUGCGGUUGCGCCACCUUUGAUUGCUGCUUUGGUGGGAGCUGUGCUGGAUGAAACUUUCGAUGAGGAGGACAGCUCAGAGUCGUGGAGAGAAAAAGGACUCUCUGUCGCUAGGAUGUUGGCUUUGGAAGCGGUUACUCGUUGAAAUGCUCUUCAAAUAAUCAUGUCUGAAUCUACUUAAAUCCCCCUAUUGUUCGAAUUCAACGGCGAAGUAAAGCCCCCAACCCUAGGCCAAAGCCCUAUUUCAUACACUUGACGUUUGGAAUUGAAUGUUGA